AUGGCCACUCCGGUGCCUCCUCCGGGCCCACCUAGACCUAAUAAUCCUCCACCAAACCCUAAUUACAAUCCCCAAUCUCUAUCCGAUAACAUGCAAAAUCUAAAUCUCAAUCGCCCGCCGCCGCCUACGAAUCCCCCUAGACCUUCAACGACGCCGUUUCCGGCCUCGUUUUCCAGGCCUGGACCUCCUCCUCCUCCUCCCGGAGCUGCGCCGGUACGCCCUGGAGGACCUCCGCCGCCUUCAUUUCCUCCGGGGAGGCCUUCCGGCCCGCCGGUUAGUCAAACUCAACCUUCUCCUCCGCUCGGCUACAGACCUCCUCCUAAUUUCCCACCGAACCGUCAAAUGUCACCGCCUCCGCCGCCGCCGGGUGCCCGCCCCGGCGGGAUGGCGCCUCUUCCGAUGAGUGCCGGUCCGGUUGCGCCUCCACCGGGUGCUGUGAUGAAUAAUGGACCGCCGAAUUUUGCUCCACAGGGCGGGCCACGGUUUCCUCCUCCUGCUGGGAUUGCUUCACAGCCGCUACCGCCGCCGCCUCUCGGACCUUCAAUGGGAAUGGGAGUGUCUCGAGUGCCACCGCAACCUCAAACCAUGCAUGCUCUUUUGGGAAGUUCACCUCCUAGUCCUAGUCCUGCAGUGCAACAGCAGCGGUCACCAUUUGCAGGGGCAGCACAGCCUCCUCCUGUUUCUCCUUACGGAUCACAACCUUGGUCAAUGCAACCCAACCAAGUGCCUCCACCUCCACCAAUUUCACAAUCUCAGCAAGCACCCGGAAUGUAUGGAAUGCCACCACCGAUGCCAAAUCAGUCUAUGACUGCCAUAUCGCAUGCUGUGGGUCAAACUGGAGCCCCUGUGGCAGGUCCAUCGAAGAUUGAUCCUAAUCAAAUUCCGCGACCUGCUCCAGAUUCCUCUGUGGUUCUGCAUGAAACUCGCCAAGGCAAUCAGGCCAACCCUCCUCCGCCUGCUACGAGCGAUUACAUUGUCAGAGACACUGGAAAUUGCAGUCCACGUAAUAUGAGGUGCACUAUCAAUCAGAUCCCAUGCACUGCUGACCUCUUGACAACAUCAGGGAUGCAGUUGGCUUUGUUGGUCCAACCCUUGGGCCUUCCUCAUCCUUCUGAAGAGCCCAUACAAGUUGUGGAUUUAGGUGAAACUGGUCCUCUUCGUUGUUCUCGUUGCAAAGGCUAUAUUAACCCUUUCAUGAAGUUCAUUGAUCAGGGAAGGCAGUUCAUCUGCAACUUGUGUGGAUUCACUGAUGAGACUCCCCGUGACUACCACUGCAAUCUUGGUCCUGAUGGUAGGCGUAGGGAUGCUGAUGAUAGACCUGAGCUUUGUAGAGGAAUGGUGGAAUUUGUUGCUCCAAAAGAAUACAUGGUGCGUGAUCCGAUGCUGGCUAUGUAUUUCUUCCUUAUUGACGUAUCCAUGAAUGCCAUACAAACUGGAGCAACUGCAGCCGCAUGCUCUGCAAUCAGUCAAGUUAUUUCUGAUCUUCCUGAAGGUCCUCGGACAAAGGUGGGAAUUGCAACAUUUGACUGUACAAUUCAUUUUUAUAAUUUGAAACGGGCAUUACAGCAGCCAUUGAUGCUCAUUGUUCCUGAUAUACAAGAUGUUUAUACUCCUCUGGAGACUGAUGUUAUUGUCCAGCUUUCUGAGUGCCGUCAGCAUUUAGAGCUGCUGCUUGACAGCAUCCCAUCCAUGUUUCAAGAUAACAAAACAGCUGACUCAGCCUUUGGUGCCGCAGUGAAGGGUGCAUUCUUGGCAAUGAAAAGUAAUGGAGGAAAACUUUUGGUAUUUCAGUCAGUAUUGCCAUCUAUUGGUACUGGAGCGCUUUCUGCUAGAGAGGCUGAAGGAAGAAUUAAUACUUCUGUUGGUGAAAAGGAGGCCCAUAAGUUACUUCAACCAGCUGAUAAGACUUUAGAAUCAAUGGCAAUGGAACUUGCUGAGUAUCAGGUCUGUGUAGAUAUUUUUAUUACCACCCAAACUUACAUGGACAUAGCCUCUAUCUCUGUCAUGCCAAGAAUUACUGGUGGACAGAUCUAUUAUUAUUAUCCUUUCUCUGCUGUUACCGACAAUGCAAAGAUCUACAAUGAUCUUAGAUGGAAUAUUACAAGGCCUCUAGGUUUUGAGGCAGUGAUGCGUGUGCGAUGCAGCCAGGGUCUCCAAGUUAACGAGUACCGCGGGAACUUCUGCAAGCGCAUUCCUACAGACGUUGACCUACCUGGGAUUGACUCUGAUAAAACUAUAAUGGUAACCAUAAAAUAUGAUGACAAAUUGCAGGACGGCUCAGAAUGUGUGUUUCAGUGUGCGCUUCUGUACACUACCGUGUAUGGCCAAAGAAGGAUUCGAGUUUUAACUCUUGCCCUACCAUGCACAAGUAUGCUAAAUAAUCUUUUCCGAACAGCUGAUUUGGAUACUCAGUUUGCUUGUAUCUUGAAGCAAGCGGCUAAUGAAAUCCCUUCUAGCUCACUCCUGCAAGUCCGUGAACGACUGACUGACCGUUGCAUCAGUAUUCUCUGUUCUUAUCGUAAAUUUUGUGCUACAGUAACAUCAAGUGGACAGCUUAUUCUUCCAGAAACACUGAAGCUUCUACCUUUAUACAUCCUUGCUUUAACAAAAAGUACAGGAUUGCGAACUUCUGGGAAAAUAGAUGAACGAUCUUAUUGGAUCAACUACGUGUCCUCUGUUUCCACUGCUUUAGCAAUAGCACUUGUUUAUCCACGGAUGCUGGCAAUCCACAACCUCAAUUGUAAGGAUGAUGCGUCUCUCUGUCCUCCUGCAAUUCCACUAUCUAGUGAGCAUAUCAGUGAUGAGGGAAUUUAUCUACUCGAGAAUGGAGAGGAUUGUCUAAUUUAUGUAGGGAACUCAGUUGAUUCAGAUAUCUUGAACAAGCUGUUUGGAGUUCCCUCGAUUGAUGAAAUUCCAACUCAGUUUGUCCUGCAGCAGCUUGACAAUCCAUUGUCAAAGAGACUAAAUGAUUUAAUAAAUGAGAUACGACGCCAAAGAUGUUCCUACCUUCGCUUGAAGUUAUGCAAGAAAGGAGAACCAUCAGGGAUGCUUUUCUUCUCUUAUAUCGUAGAAGACAAGAGCUUGAAUGGCCUCUCAUAUGUUGAGUUCCUAAUACAUAUCCAUCGGCAAAUUCAAAUGAAAAUGUGAUCACUUGGCUUGUUCAAAUUUGUUACAAGUUUUGAUUGAUACACUCCUGCUUGGGCCAACGGAGAAAGGGGGUUACAAUACUAUGAAGGUCAGCUCCUUGCUACUCAAGAAGAACACCUUGCCCUUCACCAAUUAGAACUAGAGCAGUGAAAAGUGCAGCUGAGUUGUUUACCCAAAAAAAAAACAAAGCUGAGUUUUGGUGUGAGGAUUUCUUUGGUUUUCUUUCAGUGGUAAUUGGUAAAUGUGGACAGAUAAGUACUCAUAUCUUAUAGUAAAGAUGUUGUACAACCUAUUUCACCUCCAGCCUCUUUCCUUUUUCUUGAUGUACUUUACUAUAUAUAGGUGCCCUCAAGAGAG